AUGAGUUAUUCGAAUAAGUUAACAAAAAGACCAGAUAUUGCCAGAUACGCCAAUACUUUAACUUGCACGAUCGAAUACGACAUUGAUCAAACUUUAGAUAUAAAGGAAGAAAUCAUCAUGGAUGAAGAGAUAGUUUCAUUCCCGAAAUAUCGUAAACAAUAUGAGUCAAAUUUUUCCACCGCAGAGAUAAGACAGGAUGAUAUUUUAGUUUCUAGCGAUUUGCAAAGCCUUAAAACCCACACCAUUCAGGAAUCACAAUUAGAAAGUAGAUACAAAUGCGAAAAGUGUGCGCGAAGCUAUACACGGAAAGAGAAUUUGAAUUACCAUAAAAAAUUCCAAUGCGAUGUAAUUCCACAGUUUAGAUGUGAAUUCUGUGGCAAAAAAUUUAAACACAAAUUAAGCAUGAAUAGGCAUAUAGACAAUCUUCAUCUUAAAACAGACAUACGGUCAUCGCAGUGGAAGCAUCAUUGCGACCAAUGUUUUCAAAGUUACAAGUUGGCCAAUUCAUUAUAUAAGCAUAAACGUUUAAAACAUGCAGAAGUCGAACCUCCAUAUAUUUGCAACUCUUGUGGCUUCAAAACAAAAGAAAAGCAUAACUUGUCGUCACAUAUAAUUUCAAGUCAUCUGAAGUGAUAAUUAUUAUGUCCGCGAAACUUAAGGUUUCCUUUGGACGUGUCUCAUACUAGUUGACAAAACUCUUCUUUUUAUUACAUUAAAUUCUUGUAAAAUAUUUAUAGUGAAUAUCACUGUAUAAUAAUCAAUUGUCCUUCUUAGAGUUUGUAAAGGGUAAAUUUACUCUACAUUGAUAUCGACAUAAAUUACUUUUCUCCAAUGUAAAGUUUUUAUUUAAGAAAUAAAUUAGUAUUUUUGCGUAACCACUCUUUUUUAUUUUUAAAUUGAUUCAAUGUUCAGUGAUCAUUUGAAGAAACUUUCGAAGGAAUUAACAACUAGGCCAGAUGAUAGAAAAGAUUCUACUUUUCUUUCUGGUGUCUUUUUGGAAUUUGAGAUUUUAUUUGAAGAACCAUUGAAAAGGUAAAAAUGACAUUUUUCUAUUUUCAGACAAAAGGUACAGAUAUAAACCAGAAUUAUGUCGGAAAAUAAGAGUUAAAAUUUUUCACUGCUGAGAUAAGAGAAGAUGAUACCUUAUGUCUUAAGAUACUGCGAAAGCAAAAGAAGCGAAAAAUUUAGGAAUCAAAAUAGAAACGGGAAAAUUGAUACAAGGGCGAAAAGCGAGUCCGAAGCUAGGAAUUGAAGAAAAGUUUGAGUCGACAUAAAAAAUUCGAACGCGACGUCAUUUCACAGUUCACAUGUAAAUUUUGCGGCAAACGUUUGAAACAAAAAUAUAACAUGAAUAGCCAUAUAGAUGUCCUUCAUAUCGACAUGACUUAU